AUGUCCAAGUUCUCGCUCAAAGGCCGCAUGGCCCUCGUGACCGGUGGUGCUCGUGGCUGUGGUCUGGCCUUUGCCCAGGGUCUCGCCGAAGCCGGCGCCGAUGUGGCCGUCUUUGACGUGCUCGACCCUGUCGCCGGCUUUGCCGAGAUCGCCACCAAGUAUGGCGUUCAGACCAAGGCCUACAAGGUCGACGUUACCUCGUACGAGGCUCUCGAGGCCGGCUUCGCCCAGCUCAAGGCCGACUUCGACGGCCGUCUCGACAUCCUGGUCGCCUGUGCCGGCGUCAACCAGCACGUCCAGUUCCUCGACACCACGCCCGCCAACUUCGAGCGCCUGCUCGGCGUCAACGUCAAGGGCGUCUACUUCACCGCCCAGCUGGCCGCUAAGCAGAUGAUCGCCAACGGCACCAAGUGCGGCAGCAUCGUUCUCGUCGCCAGCAUCGCCUCCUACAUGGCCAUCCGCUCCCAGUGGUCGUCUGCCUACUGCGCCACCAAGGGCGGCGUCCGCGCCAUGGUCCCGCCCAUCGCCGCCGAGCUGCACCAGUACGGCAUCCGUGUCAACUCCGUCAGCCCCGGCUACGUCCGCACCGAGAUGACCGCCCCGUUUCCCGACCUGCUCGAGAGCUGGAAGGAUGAGAUCAUGAACCAUCGCGUCGCCGAGCCAGAUGACAUCAAGGGCGCCGCCGUCUUCCUUGCGAGCGAUGCGAGCAUGAGUGAGGACGAGGCGUGA